UGUAAUUGGCUCCAAAUGGGCAAGUCCCAUGUUAACAAGCCAUCACCUUCUCUUCGAUUUUCUUUCCCCAAAGUUUACGCAGGUCCGAAAGACAAUGCGAUUUUCAUGCACUCCCCUUCAAUUCACAAAACCAUAAUCAGCUUGUAACCCUACGUCAAUUCUUGGGCUUCUUCGAUAAUAUGGAUUAUUACUAUUGACCCAUGAUCAAUCUUGUUAAGGUUUUGUUAUCUGUUUUCCUAAUAAUCAUGUGAUUCUUGAUGGUAAAAAUCCAAUCUUGCCAUUCGUUUUCUUGAAAUCUUAUGUGAGUAGAUCAUUCCAGACAUUAAUUCAUCUGGGUUGGUUGUAAUUCUCCAAUUCAUGCCAAAAAUCUGUCUGAUUGUUUAAUCUUGGUUGAUACAUUUCAAGAUUUGCUCAACUCGGAAAACGAAUGAAAGAUGUCGACUUUCGAGGGUGUCUUUGUGAAUGAUCAAUGGCUGCAAAGCCAGUUUACGCAAGUCGAGCUUCGUAAACUUAGAACCAAAUUUGUUUCAGCAAGAAAUGAAUCUGGGACAGUCACAAUACAGGAUUUGCCGCCGGUUUUGGCAAAACUAAAGCCCUUUAAUGAGGUAGCAAGCCAGGAUGAAGUUAACCGAAUGCUAAGCGACUCAUAUUCUAACUUGUCCAAAGAGUUGGAUUUCGAGGGCUUCCUUCGGGUAUAUCUGAAUUUACAAUCUCGAGCAAGUGCGAAAAUGGGAACUUCAAAAACUUUCAGAACGACUUCAUCGUUUGUGAAAUCGGGGACAACUCUCCUUCGCCACAGCAUUAGCGAAACGGAAAAGGCUUCAUAUGUUUCUCAUAUUAACAACUAUCUUGGAGAAGAUAAAUUUUUGAAGCAAUUUCUUCCUUUAGACCCUGCUACCAAUGCUUUAUUUGAUCUUGCUAAAGAUGGAGUCCUAUUAUGUAAGUUGAUUAAUGUGGCUGUUCCCGGUACGAUAGAUGAGCGAGCUAUCAACACUAAAAAGGUUCUUAAUCCAUGGGAACGAAAUGAGAAUCACACGCUUUGCCUUAAUUCUGCAAAGGCUAUAGGCUGCACUGUUGUUAACAUUGGCACACAGGACUUGGCUGAAGGAAGACCACAUCUAUUACUCGGGUUGAUAUCGCAGAUAAUUAAGAUACAACUUUUGUCGACAGUCGAUCUAAAGAAAACCCCUGAGCUCGCAGCGAUGGUUGAAGAUAGCAAGGAAGCUGAAGAACUCAUGGGUUUGGCACCAGAAAAAGUGCUUCUAAAAUGGAUGAACUUUCAGUUAAAGAAAUCAGGCUACAAAAAAGAAGUUACAAACUUUUCAUCUGAUCUAAAGGACGGAGAGGCAUACGCGCAUUUACUUAACGUUCUAGCCCCAGAACACGGUACCACUAAAACUUUGGAAACGAAAGAUCCCACAGAAAGAGCAAAGUUGAUUAUCGAACAAGCGGAGAAAUUGGACUGUAAAAGAUAUGUUACAUCUAAGGAUAUUGUUGAAGGGUCCACAAAUUUAAAUCUCGCAUUCGUUGCGCAAAUAUUUCAGCAUAGGAAUGGGCUUACUAUAGAUAAAACUAAGACUUCAUUUGCGGAGAUGAUGACCGACGAUGAAAGCACAUCACGGGAAGAAAGAUGUUUCAGAAUGUGGAUCAACAGUCUUGGAGUCGAAACACAUAUUAAUAACGUGUGGGAGGAUGUCAGAAACGGAUGGGUUCUUUUAGAAGUUCUUGACAAACUCGCUCCGGGGUCAGUUAUGUGGAAGCAAGCAACAAAACCUCCAAUUAAGAUGCCGUUUAGAAAAGUCGAGAAUUGCAAUCAAGUUAUAAGGAUUGGGAAAGAAUUAAAUUUCUCGCUCAUCAAUAUUGCUGGAGCCGACAUUGUUUCAGGAAACAAGAAGCUUAUAAUAGCGUUCUUGUGGCAGUUGAUGCGAUUUAGCAUGCUCCAACUUCUCAAAAAUUUACGAACUCAUGGUCAAGGAAAAGAGAUAACCGAUGCUGAUAUCCUCCAAUGGGCAAACAUGAAAGUCAAACAGUCAGGAAAAAGACAAAUGGAUAGCUUUAAGGAUAAACGACUAUCAGACGGUAUUUUCUUCCUCGAGCUUCUUAGUGCAGUGGAUAAAAGGGUUGUAAACUGGGGUCUUGUUACCAAGGGCGAGAACGAGGAGGAUAAGAAGUUAAACGCAACGUAUAUAAUUAGUGUUGCAAGAAAGCUAGGGUGCUCCAUCUUCUUAUUGCCUGAGGACAUUCUAGAGGUUAACCCGAAGAUGAUCCUGAUUUUGACAGCAAGCAUCAUGUACUGGAGCUUGCUACAGAAGGCUAAGACCGAAGAAGAAGAUAGACCACCCGAAGAAGAAGCAAACGCAGCGAUGGAUGAAGCCGCUAGCGAAGAUGGUAGUACCCAAGCGAAAGAAGAAACGGUUGAGAACGAUAAUGAAUGAUU